GCACACUGUAUAGCCCACACUCGCACACUGUAUCGGCACCGUCUCGGCGAGGUUCCCUUCCCUCUAUUUAUUACUUCUUCCCCGCAAAGUUUUUUCCCGAGAAAAUCUCUCUCUCGCUUUCUCUGUGAAAUCCGUUUUGCUUUCCCGAGAAAAUAUUGUUUUGCUGGUGUCUGAAUAAGCGUACCAUGUGGGUGGAGAUUCUCUGCGGUCUCGUUAUCUUCAGAAUUUUCCGUCGCUUCUUCUAUGACGACGACGUCUUAGAGGUCGAAACCUCAGAUUCUGACGCUAUUUUCUCGGUUGCUAGUAGAAUGGAAAAGCUUUAUGGUGGAAAGGUCUAUGCUGGACUCCAAAUUCCUGACGCGGAUUCUGGGACGCGACAGAAUAUUGACAUGGUUGUCCUCACUAAAGGGGAGGCUGUAGUGAUUUCUGUCAAGAAUUUCUGUGGAUUUGUGUCAAUUGAUGCUGAUGGAAGAUGGGUUUGCACAGGAGAGAAAGCUCACAAGUCUAAGUGGCAUCCAGAUCCUGUGGCAGAAACUAGAAGACAAGUAGCAAUUCUUGAAUCGUAUCUAGAACAGAGAGGAGUAGCUGUCCCAGAAGGAUUCUUGUCGUGUAGAGUUGUACUUCCUAAUCCAAAAUUCCAAACCAUUUGUGAGUUCCCAUCUGAGGUAAUUACCUAUGAGCAAUGGACACAGCUCAAACCAGAACCAAAAAAUAUGUUUUCUGGUUGGAUUAAAGGCGCUUUUCGUGGUGGAAAGAAGGAGAUGCAGGAAUCAAUACAUCAGCAGCUUAAUUUUGUUCUCAGCACGGCUCCAAUGUGGGAUAGGUUGGAACUCAAAGGUAAUAAAUACCUCCUUGGUGAAUUUCUGGAAUUUAAAGGGAAGCAAGAAGAUAUCCAGGCCUUGGGAAACAUCAAGAGAUCAAAAGUUAGCAGAGUUAUCAUUCAGAAGUUUAGCAUGUUUGGAUUAGCCCAUUCAAAGGUCCAAGUUUUGUACUCUCCUCGUGAUUAUCGUAGCGAAGGAGCUUCAGCUUCUGAAUGGAAGGAGAUUACGGUUCGAUCAAGUACAGAGGCUCUAUUUCAGCCCAAGGAUUCCAGCAAAACGCGCAAGUUCAAGCUGUCGUCAGUUGUUUCUAUGUCUCUCAGUGCCUAAAAAACGGGGUCUUUUUAUUGACUAUUUACAUGUUCAAAGGAUGCGGUCGGUAAGGGAGGUGAUUUCACCCUCGAAUUCUCGAUCAUUGUUGCAUCUCUAUUAAAGGUUCUUUGUUACUUUGGAAGUAUGCUGUAGAUGUGGAGGGAAGUUUGAAUUGGUUCCGGUUGAGUUAUAUCCCUACUCAACUAGACUUGAACAAUUAAGUAAUACUUACUGCUCAAAGAAAAUAUAUGUAAUAUUCACUGCAAAAAGAAUUACCGUGUACACAUUUACGCAAUUACCGCAGUAAAUUUGUCAUUUCUUGAACAA